AAGGAGAUACAAGGCAUUUCUGAACCUGAGGAGAUUCCAUCUUUUCGAUCGUAUCCUGAUGAAAUUAGAAGAACACCAACUGGUCGGCUAGAUGCUGCACAGAUGGAGGCCAUGUCAGGCCCAACUCAUGUACCAGGCGCACCAUCCAUAUUCUCUAGAGUACCUUUUGGGCUUGGUGAACUGCGUCGAGACACGGUGGAUCUAACUGACAGACGAGAUGCGACCAUAAUUUCUGACAUGUUUGGUGCAAAGCGUUUCGGGGAUCGUGGUGGGGGUGAAAUUCGAGAAAAUUUGCGGGCAUUUGGAGGCCUCGUCGGGCUGGAUGGCUUGUCUGGUUCCGGUGGUCUUCCAGGUGUUGCCAUUGGUCAGCCUCGUGGUCCAUUCGAUGCAGCUUCACAAGAUGCUCUGAUGAUGCCGAUGCACUCUGGUGGCCGAUUGGGUAUUGACGGUGUUCCGGGCGGCACAGGCCGUCUAGCUCGCGGUCAGCUGGAUGCACUCUCACAAGCAGCACGUAAAGGUAUGACUGCCGGAGGUGAAUUUGAUAUUGGGAGGAUUCCUGGUGCUUCAG